CCCGAGGGUGGGCGGCACUAGAGGGAGCCGCGGCCGCGCCCGCCCGCCCUGUCGCGCCUCGCUAGCUGCUCGGAGCGCCGCCUUCCCAGCCGCUCGGGGCCGCCGCGAUGGCGGAGGACAGCGAGUCUGCGGCCAGCCAGCAGAGCCUCGAGCUGGACGACCAGGACACGUGCGGAAUAGACGGAGACAAUGAGGAGGAGACGGAACACGCCAAAGGAAGCCCUGGAGGAGAUUUGGGAGCAAAAAAGAAAAAGAAGAAACAGAAGAGAAAAAAGGAGAAGCCAAAUUCUGGGGGUACCAAGUCCGACUCUGCAUCUGACUCCCAGGAGAUUAAAAUCCAGCAGUCUUCAAAAUUCAGAAGAUAUUCACAUUUUAAUUUUUCUGGGUGUCUGUCUAAUUACCUGCAUAGCACAACGCCAUCUGGCAGCAGAUUUCAGCCGGAGCAGCCAUGGGUGGUGAUACUAUGGAAGAAUCCCACCAUCCCUAUUCAGAAGCUACAGGACAUCCAGAGAGCAAUGGAACUGCUGUCUGCAUGCCAAGGCCCAGCCAGGAACAUUGAUGAGGCCACAAAGCGCAGAUACCAGUUCUGGGACACACAGCCAGUGCCCAAAUUGAAUGAAGUCAUAACAUCUCAUGGUGCAAUUGAACCAGACAAAGACAAUAUCCGCCAAGAACCGUAUUCUUUACCACAAGGUUUUAUGUGGGAUACUUUAGACUUGAGUAAUGCCGAAGUGCUGAAGGAGUUGUACACAUUGCUGAAUGAGAAUUAUGUGGAAGACGAUGACAAUAUGUUCCGCUUUGACUAUUCGCCUGAGUUUCUCUUGUGGGCUCUGCGUCCCCCAGGCUGGCUUCUGCAAUGGCACUGUGGAGUCCGGGUGUCUUCAAAUAAAAAGUUAGUAGGUUUCAUAAGUGCCAUCCCAGCAAACAUCCGAAUUUAUGACAGUGUGAAGAGGAUGGUGGAAAUCAACUUUCUUUGUGUUCAUAAGAAACUAAGAUCAAAACGGGUAGCCCCAGUGUUAAUCCGAGAAAUAACUAGAAGAGUGAACCUAGAAGGAAUCUUUCAGGCUGUGUAUACUGCUGGAGUGGUUCUUCCUAAGCCUGUGGCCACAUGCAGGUACUGGCACCGAUCCCUGAACCCCAGGAAACUGGUAGAAGUGAAAUUUUCUCACUUGAGUAGAAACAUGACCUUACAGAGAACAAUGAAGCUUUACAGACUUCCGGAUGCUACAAAGACUUCAGGCUUGAGACCAAUGGAACCAAAAGAUAUCAAAGCAGUACGAGAACUCAUCAACAGCUACCUUAAGCAGUUUCAUCUGGCACCAGUGAUGGAUGACGAGGAAGUGGCCCAUUGGUUCCUCCCCAGGGAGCACAUCAUUGACACAUUUGUAGUGGAGAACCCCAGUGGGAAGCUGACUGACUUCUUGAGCUUCUACACGCUCCCCUCCACAGUUAUGCACCACCCUGCUCACAAGAGCCUCAAAGCUGCCUAUUCCUUCUACAACAUUCAUACAGAGACACCCCUGUUGGACCUCAUGAACGAUGCGCUCAUUAUAGCCAAGUUGAAAGGAUUUGAUGUAUUCAAUGCACUAGAUCUUAUGGAAAAUAAGACCUUCUUGGAAAAACUCAAAUUUGGUAUAGGAGAUGGCAACUUACAGUAUUAUUUGUACAACUGGAGGUGUCCAGGGACAGACUCUGAAAAGGUUGGACUUGUUCUACAGUAGAUGGAUAUGUUAUUUCUAGAAGGCUGACAUUGUCAUUUGUUAAUAUUCUAUUUAGUGAUUCCUGGAACUGUCAUUCCAAAGAAGAAUAAAAGCACAAGUUGAGUGAAAUUGAAGUAGUCGCUAACAAUCAAAACAGAUGGUCAGUAGGACCUGUUUCUAGUCAGGAUAUUGAGAGCCAGUCUCUGCUGUUGACUGACAUGUGGGAGGGAUGACGGUGUCCACAGAGCUCUCACAAUAGAGGAUGCUCUUUUACUCUAGAAGUGGGACUGUGUUUCUGUAAACCAAACAGAAGUGGCAGCGUCGUGUUACCACCUUUGCUGCUUUUGUUUAUUAAUAAGUGGUGAUACACUUGUAAAACAGAACAAGGAUCCAUGUGUAUCACCUUACAUGAUGUUACUGGGAACGUUUAUAGAAUUGACAUGUGGUAGAUAUUUAACGUAUGGAGCAAUAUGAAAAUGUACCAGUGACUUAGCACAUUUAUUAUUCUACAAGCAUAGUAGCCAAAUCAGUACAUAUACAGGUUUGUCCUUUGCUCUUCAGCAGGCCAAUGGAUUGUUUCAAAAGCAAAGUUUGGGGCAAAUGUUCAGUGUGCUCAGUAAAGAGUGCACCACUGACUGCUCAGACCUUGUGGCUGCUGUGCAAUGUCAUUUCUCAGUAAUGUCAAGGAUGUGUGAGGGAAAGAAAGUGAAAAGGCUCUAAGGUCAGAGGAGUGUAUUAGUGCUGUCAGCACACAGAUGGUCUGAAUGUUUUUAUUAUGCAAAAUUGCACAUGUUCCUUUAUGCUGACUUUAAUUUAUCAUAAAAAUUGUCAUGCUAAUGGAAAAUGUCUUACUUGUAAAUAAGUAUUCAUAAUUUUGUUACUGACGUUGUUUUUACCUAGAAUUUGAAAAACAAGUUUCACAGUGUACAUAUAUGUGUAUAUGCUGCCACUGAUCCAAGGGAAUAUAAAAUACUAAACAAGGCCAUUGUAUAGACUGGGCCUGAGUCAGAUGCCACAACGUAGAUACUUGUUCCUGCCUUUACUACAGUGCCUCCAACUCCAGUCCAGAACGCUACUGCAGACAAUAUGGCAUUUCCUUCCCUACUGGAAAGCACUCGCCAAAUGUGAACUGUAGGCCAAGUCUCACUAUACAGCUCACAAGCUGAAAAUGGUCUUUUUUUUUUUUUUUUUAAUGGUUGGGGGAAAUAGUCAAAAAAAUGACAUUUUGUGGCAUGCAAAUCUUAUGAAAUUCAAACAUUUUUUCAGAAUACAGUCAUCUCUUCAUUUAUGCCCUACCUGUAGCUGCUUCAUGCUACAAAGGGAAAUGAAGUAGCUGUGACAGACUGGACUGUAUUGCUUGCAAAGUUAAAAUGUUUGCUGUCCGGCCUCUUGUGGACUGGUGUCCUAAGUAGGCCACAAAUUGUGCCAUCCCUGAUAGCACCACUAGAGGGGACACCUGGGCCCCAGAGUGGGACUAGUACUGCUCCCAGAUUUCUCAUUUCAUAAGGUCCAUGCCCAAUGGUGUCACAUUUUUAACAGAACGCCUUCAGGAUAUAAAACUACCUAUUCAUUGGAACAGUUUUAAAGUUAGGCAUUAGGUAAGCGUGUUUAGUGAACCUGGAUUCACAACUCUUUGGGAAUUGUUACAUUUUUUUUUUUUUUGUCUUACAUAAAUUGAGUUUUCAGGUAAGAAUUGCCAUUCAGAAAUUUGUCAUGGGCUUAUUUACCUCAAUAGGACACUGUUAAACCAUUCCUUUAGAGAUCUGUCUACUGCACACUACAGUUAUAAAACUAUCAUUUUAAAUACACCGACAGUUAGGACUAUUGUCUUCAAAAUUUAAGGACAUGACCAGUCGGUAUUUUAGAGAAUCAGUAACCAGUGCAUCUGCUUGGAUAUAAAAUAGCUGUUAAAACCAAGUGUAAAAGCCAGUCUCCAGAGUUAAAUCUGUACUAUAUAUUCAAAUUGUGCUGUAAGGUUUCUUUCCUUCAAAAAAAGGAAAUUUGUCACCAUAUAGAACAAAGGUGGCACAGCCUUUAAGUUCAACCAAAACAUGGGGUGAAGUUUUAGUAAUUCCGUUUACCUUCUAAAUUACAGAAUGAUUUUCUAGACACAUAGUAGAUUCAUAAAGCACUGAUAACUCCAUUUCCUAGCCUGAAAGACCCCUCAUUGUAUCUCCCCUCUUGCUACAUUUCACCUAAGUUACUACUGUAGUUAAUUUUUGUUUUGGUGCUGGGAUCAAGCCAGGGAUUGUAUGUGCUAGUAAGCACUUAUUUUGCCACAGAGCUGUACCCCAAUGUACUUUUGAUAGAUGAUGUGCAGGGAGGGAAUUCUUACUGAUACAACCUUAUCAGGCCUUUCUCCCAAGCCUGCGUCAGUGCUUACCUACAAAGAAAGCCAAAUUACCACAAAGUAAAAAUGAUAUGCCGCUUCUGAAGACAAUGUACUGCUUAGCAUUUAGUGAGUCUCCCUUGCAACUGAGGACCAUCUCCAGUUGCUUCACCUACCUUACUAGACCAUGUCUGUGGCCCAUUUUCCAAGUUUGGUAGAGAAAUGUUAAGUGCUGUAGGAAACUGAUACUCUUGCAAGCAAGCAUUGUACCAGCCUUUAAAGCAGUGAAUUUAUAUACGCAUGGACAUUAGUCUCAAUAAACUUUGGUUUUGUUAA